GUGCUCCGGGGGCAGAGGCGCGCUGUGGCCGCGGAGGAGGCGCUCUGAUGCGGCAGCGGUGAGAGGAAGACCCGCAAACACCGGAGCCGCAGAUACGGAGCCGCGGACACCGGAGCCGCGGACACCGGAGCCGCAAACACCGGAGCCGCGGACACCGGAGCCACCGGAGCCGCUCCCGGGGCUCUGAUCUGCGCCGAGCAGCGGGAGAGCGCGAGACACACGAACCAAGACCCAGGACCCGGAUCAAGACCAGACCCAGAAUCCAAGACCUGCACCUGCCCCGGCUCUGCUCAGUGACCCCUGACCCCAGUGACCCCUGACCCCUCAGUGACCCCUGACCUCAGCAUGCCUCUGGUGACCCGGUGCAUCGAGCCGCGGUUCUUGUGCCGCGGCGCCGUCCCAGAAGGCGUGUCCUCUGAGCUCGAGUGUGUGACCAACAGCACCCUGUCCUCUGUCAUCAGACAACUAUCCACGCUCAGCCGUCACGCGGAGGACGUGUUCGCGCUCCUUUUCUCGGAGGCUCGUGGCGUUUCGAUUCGAAUGACGUCGCUUCAGGAACGAGUCGAUUCUCUGAGUGUCAAAGUCACAGAACUGGACUCUACAGUGGAAGAAGUGUCUCUUCAGGACAUCAACAUGAGGAAAGCGUUCAGGGGCAGUACCGUUCAGGACCAGCAGGUGGUGUCUCGAGCUUCCAUCCUGCGCCCUCUGCUGGAGACGUACGAGCGCUGCGACCCCCCACCACCCCUGCACCUGCUCACGCCGUACAGGGACGACGGUAAAGACGGGAUGAAGUUCUACACAGACCCGUCGUAUUUCUUCAGUUUGUGGAGAGAAAAAAUGCUGCAGGCCACAGAGAACAAGAGGAAAGAGAAACGCAGGCACAAGGAGCAGAAAAACACAGACGAGACAUCGGGUCGAGAGGUCAAGAAGGUGAGGAAGGCGCGUAAUCGUCGUCAGGAGUGGAAUCUGAUGGCGUACGACAAAGAGCUGCGCCCGGACGCCCGAGUGUCACCUUCGCCGUACGACUCCUCCCCCGACAGGUCCGGUUCUGGAGGGUCCCUGAAGGACGUGGUCCAGACCCAGUCCUUGGACCGGGCUCUGAGACCCAGUACCACAAACCCCGCCUCCAGCAGGCAGCACUCUCUGGGACGCAACCAAUCACAGCACCAGCAGCAGGCCCCGCCCCCCGCCCCGGCCAAUCACAGCGCAGCACGGGUCGCCACCAAAGACAAUGAUGCCCUCCCACAGGUGCCUCCGGCUCCGCCCCCUCCCCCUCCCCUCAUGACCACACCUGGUCAUGUGACCUUCUCCAACAGUCCCGCCCACUCUGCAGCUGCCACGGCAAUGCACACCCCCGCCGCCGCCAACACAGGAGGCGCUGCGAGGCCUUUUAGCCCCUCCCCUCCGGCUCCGCCCCCCUUAAACCCCGCCUCCCCGCCCCCUGUCGCCGUGGUGACGGACAGGAAACCUUCGGUCGCCGUGGGAACCGAGAGGAAACUUCUGGGACCCAACUUCCCCAUGAACGACGCGCGGAGCGACCUGCUGGCUGCAAUACGCCGAGGGAUCCGUCUGCGGCAGGUGCAGGAGCAGCGGGAGCAGGAGGAGAAGCGGGAGCCCACAGGAAACGACGUGGCCACCAUUUUGUCCCGACGCAUCGCCGUCGAGUACAGCGAGUCCGAGUCUGAGACCGAGCAGGACCAGGACUGGUCCGACUAGAUCAGGGUCAGGGUUAGAAACCAGGACUGAACCAGGAUUAGACCAGAACUAAACCGGGACUGAACCAGGACCUUGUUGAUAGACCCUAAAACAGUAUUUUAUUAGAAAGUUAAAUGUUUGCUGGUUUUGUGCCAAAUCAUUUGAAUCUUUUUGUUUGUUCAAAAAGUGUGUUUAGUUUCAGUGACGUGGUGUUUGUUUAUUUAAAGUGGUGAUUUGCAUAAUAAUCUGCAUAGUCAUUUGCAUACUGAUUUGCAUAUUCGUGCCGUGUUUGUGCUGAUGUGGUGAAGACGGUGAAGACGGUGCCAUGUUUAAAACUCU